AUUCGCCGACUUUUUAUUUAUAGCGUCUCUCGUUUCGCAGUCUCGCCGUCUCCGACUCACUAAUCGCUUCUCUUUUGCGUUUCAGAUAGAGAUCUCCUGUCUUUAGAGACUAAAGUUAAGGAAACUGGACCCAGUUAUGAAGGAUCGUUGCUUAGUUCCCGUAUUUAAGCUUAAAGUGUGUACCUUUGUAGUUUUUGAAGGAAAGAUGGCUAGUGGUAGCCUGAAAAAUCUUGUAACUUCAGCAGUCACUGUUGGUGUGACCGAAGCUAGAGCAAGGAUUUUCGGACAUAUGCUUAACCCAACAGGGCAGAGGUCUCCUCAUAAGAUCUUAAGGAAGAAGCUUUUUGGUGAUAAGGUUGCAGAGUGGUAUCCAUACGACAUUAAGAAUGAGGAUCCCAAUGUCUUGGCUAGAGAAGAAAAAGAGCGCUUAUCGAAGCUUGAGAUGUUGAAGCGUCGUAAUAAGGGACCACCACAGAAGGGUCAUGGAAGACGUGCUGCGAAGCGUAACAAGUAGAAUAAGUAGGGAUUGUAGCUUCCUAAAAAAAAAAAAGCUCAGCACUUUCAGUAUCAGAUUCUGUUGGUUAAUAAUGUCAACUAGAACUUUCUUCAUUAGCGAAGUCCUCUCAACAUAAAAUCUUCAUGCUUAAACUAUGCAUUAGUUUACAAUGAUCUUACAAAGCUAUUUGCUUCCCUUUUGACUUGAUAUGGCUUUUGUUUCUCUA